AUGUAUCCAGGCGACGCGAGUUCAUCAAGCGACCUGGCAGGUUUCCAUUUCCUCACGGAAAUUGAAGCCAACGCGGAGGCUGAGUCGAAUUGCUUUUUGCCUGGGCCGUCAACCUCUCAGAAGACACAGAGCGGAAGGUCUACCGGUUUCCUUCAACAUACUCAGCGUCAACUCUACCAUUUUGGAGAGAUCCAGAAGAAGUCCUCUUUCACGAGUCAGCCGCACUUGGCGCCACGCGUUGCCACAGAGACGCCCACCACCGGCUCCUCCAAGGCAACUAGACAGCCGCCUCAUGCGCACACUUUCAGUCAUGCUGCAACGGAGAACGCGAUUGACCUGCCACGACAACCGGAAGUGACCGACACGGUCGGGCUGUCGAAAUGCGCUGGACCGGGCAGCGGAUCUGGGCCCGGAGCGGUCGCCUGGUCCGCACCACCAGAAGGCGACAAGACCUGUCUACAUCCGACCCGAGUCGCGGAACGAGGACAAAGCCUACCAUCCAAACCUUCACCGGUCACCAAACCAAAACGGAGCACAGAUCCUGAUAACUCGGAGUCCCAUUCUCCGGCACCCCGUCCGACAAAGCAACUGCCACUUGAGCCUCUAUUUCACCAUCAUCACCACCGAAUCCCUCAAUUCCAACAUCAUGCUCAUCAUCAUCACCAUCAUCACCACCAUCACCACGAGCAUCAGAAUCAGAGUCAAAUGACACUGGGAGUCAGCAAGGACCAUCAGAGCGCCUCGAGAAAGUGUGGAUGUAGUGACCGAAUUGCACGAGAAAAAAGUUAUUAG